GUUCGAAUGAAAGUUGUGAUGGCUACGAAGCUCGAGAUCCGGGCAAGGAACCUAACCAUGCGCGCGCACUUUCGUGACAUGAAGCUCUUCCAAUUAAGUCUAGGCAUGCGCUAGACUCAUCUGUAUAGGAUGCGGCCCAAUGAGUGUCGUUUUUCUUGCGCGCCGUCUUUGCUCCUCACGCUGUCCACGGCGCUGCAUGCACAGGUACGUCGACCAGAUACGCCUGCCAUGUCACGACUGGCGAACCGCUUAACACCUUGUGGAUUCAUUGCCACCAAACUCCUUGCAAAGGCAUCGAUUAGCAGCACAGGCAUCAUAGCAGUACGUGUCACAUACACGACCUGCAGAUAUCGGUGCUUCUGGGCUAUAUGUGUACCCAUGACUUCUCCGGAACGAAGCGCGAACUCAAUACUUACUGGUGAGCAGCGCCACUCCGUAGCUACUGGGCGAGCCUGAGCGGACAGCUAUAUGGGGCUCGGUGAGCUGAUACGCAUGUACUGCAC